UGACGACGCUCGCGUCGCGUCAACUGUUCUCCGUGUAAAAUCUUCCAUUGCAACCUCGCUGAAAUUCGAACUUCGGAGAACAGCAACUUUGUGCCAUGCCAAUAGUGAGCUGCUUCAUGCUUGACCUUUUUCCAUGCUCUUGAGAGUAAUGGGCCUUUUACCGGUUCUGAAGUAGACGGAGGGGACGGCUUUAGUUCUGAAGAUAUUUCCGGGUUGACAGCUACGGUGGUGGAAGAAGAGGGUUCUUGCUUUGACGGCUGGGUGCUUUGUAAACGAGGCGCGGGGGUUAACCUAAGGACUAAUGUAGAGGGUUUGGUCGAAAGGAGAGGUAUUGAAGCUGGGCGUAUAACGAAUUGAGAACGACUAAAGGUGCGAGCUACGAAUAGUGGGGAAGGGCGGGGGAGCCAUAUUAAAGACAUAGAGAAACGGAGGAGUGAAGGAACAUAUAUAAAAAGUUGAGCGUAUUUAUGGUUGUUGCCGUAUGUCUUCCGUCCUCCACGAUCCGUCCAGUGCCGCCUACAAAAAAGCCCAAAAACUUUACCUCAAAUCUACAAAAAACAGGAUUAAUGAAACAGAUCACGACUGGACUCCAUUCCGUGCAGCAGAGAAGAGAUACAAAGCAAGGUUCCCCCCUCCAGAUCUCUCAAAUGUCCUCGAUAUCGCCAUUCUCGACGACGAGAGAACGGCCGAGAUUGAUUACGGAGUAUGGCGUGGACGUGUCGAUGCCCAAGAAUGGCGCGAAAUAUCAUUACUGAACGGCAGAAAAGGCUAUAUUUUACCUCGCGUUCCUGGACUUGUAUUACUUCCUUCGUACUUGAGUCCUGGAAAACAACGAGAACUUGUCCGAUGGUCACUCUCAGAGCACUCUCGUCCCCCGAACGAAACGAAUCUCGAUACUCACUAUGUGCUUCCCCCUGAGGGAAUUUGGAAUGUCGCCGUUGAAGCAAAGAAGGAUCCCAGUCGAAAUAUUGUUAUCCAACCUCGUCAUUUACUCUUACCGAGUGAUCAGAAACUGGACGUCGUGCAUGGGCCCCGAGCACUAAUCAACAACACUCCUGCUUCGGCAGAGAAUUUCGAUACCCUAUCGCACAUCUCUAAGCCGCCAGCACCGCCAUCGCAGACGGUAGGAACGUCAUACAGUGUUGAUCUCCUUCCAAAACUUCGUUGGGCGAACAUCGGAUGGUUCUAUCACUGGGGAAGUAAACAAUACGACUUCUCUAAAGGGAAAGUCGCGGUACACAGCAGAAUAAGGGACGUUUGCCAGAGUGCUGUACAAUCCGUUGAUUGGUCGGACGUAUUCUCUGGCGAUUCCUCUGAUUGGGGAAUCAAGGGCGAUUGGAGGAGUUGGAACGAGUCUUACGAGCCCGAUGCCGGUAUUGUGAACUUUUAUCAAACAAAGGCUCGCCUUGGCUGUUUUAAUGUUCACUGCUGUAGUUUGUGCUGAUCAUUCGUACAGAAUGGCCUCAUGGCACAUGUAGAUCGCUCGGAAGUCUGUUCAACUUCGCCCCUUGUAUCCAUUUCCCUCGGAAACGCCGCGAUAUUCUUGAUUGGAGGGUCAACUCGACAUACUGUACCACUACCUAUACUUCUCAGAAGUGGGGACGUGGUGAUCAUGUCCGGUCCUAGCUGUCGAAGGGCUUACCACGGCGUCCCUCGAAUCUUGGAAAACUCUUUACCGCCUCAUAUGCUCGGUCCCGCUUCCAACGAUUGUCCCAACUGGACGCCUUAUGAGGAGUACAUGCGCACGACGCGCAUUAAUAUCAACGUACGACAAGUCUUUCCUAGAGACUUUGAUCCUGGUAUUUCGAUUCCGUAACAAGUCGAGUACAGUAGUCCAUCAAUCACAUAACAAAAGUAUAGAGUGCUUUAGAGACUAAAGACAGAGUUCCUGCCGUCCGUGAAGGAGUAGGUGUUGGUUAUUGUACCAAUACCUGACAGACCG